AUGCAAGAAAACAACACAGAAAUUGCAUGCAUUCGGCUCGGCAGAACCCACGUCAUCCCCGUCGCCUCUCCUGAGCUCGCUCGAGAGUUUUUACGCAAGCACGACCAAAUUUUCGCGUCAAGGCCUUUUUGCAUGACCGCAAAACUUACCAGCGACAACUACCUGGCAACCGUCCUCUCACCCACCGGUCAUCAAUGGAAAAAGAUGCGAAAAAUCAUGAGCACCAAAAUCCUUUCACCCACCAUGCACCGAUUUCUCCACGGAAAAAGACUACAAGAAGACGAUCAUCUCGUGAGAUAUGCUUACAACCAGUGCCGGGAGAGCAAUCACGGGCUUGUGAAUAUUCGGGCCGUGGCCCAACACUACUGUGCCAACGUGACUCGGAGAAUGGUUUUUGGUAAGAGAUUUUUUGGGCCCGGGAUGGAAGAUGGGGGCCCGGGAAAAGAGGAAAUCGAGCAUGUCGAGGCAUUGUUUACUAUUCUGAAAUAUCUGUACGGGUUUUCAGUUGCGGAUUAUGUGCCGUGGUUGGAGGUGUUCGAUUUUGAUGGUUACAAAAAGUUCAUUAGCAAUGCGAUUCACAAUGUGAGAAAGUAUCAAGAUCCCGAGAUUAUGAACAGAGUGGAAAUGUGGCGACAAGGGAUUAAGAAGACGGAGGAGGAUAUUCUUGAUGUCUUGAUUAAUCUCAAGGACUCGGAAAACAAUCGCAUAUUAUCCGUUCAAGAGAUAAGCGCCCAAAUUAUUGACAUAAUGAUAGCUGCAGUCGAUAAUCCGGCAAAUGCAGUUGAGUGGGGUAUUGCAGAGAUUAUUAAUCAACCACAUAUACUCGACAAGGCGCAUGAAGAAUUGGACCAAGUUGUGGGUAGAGACAGAUUAGUCCAAGAAUCCGAUCUGCCGAAACUAAACUAUAUAAAGUCUUGCAUAAAAGAGUCAUUUCGUCUACACCCAGUGGCCCCUUUCGUUCCCCCACACGUCUCGAGUGACGAUGUUACAGUUGGCGGCUAUUUAAUCCCCAAAGGGAGCCAAAUCAUGUUGAGCCGGAUGGGUUUAGGACGUAACCCUAGGGUUUGGAACGACCCUCUCGAAUAUAAACCUGAGCGCCAUAUCGUGAAUGUAAUAGAGAAAGAAGUUGUGCUAGUUGAUAACGAGCUUAACGUAUUGUCAUUCAGUACUGGAAGACGUGGUUGCCCGGGAGUCGUGCUCGGGUCUACCAUGUCGACAAUGCUUUUAGCUCGACUUCUUCAGAGUUUCAAUUUUACAACGCCACUUGAUGGGGUGAAAGUCGACCUGUCCGAGUCGGAUGGUGGCUUGCAGUUGGCUAAGCCGUUAGUUGCGUGUGCAGAACCUCGGUUAGAACCACACAUUUACUUGGGACUCAUUUGA